AUGGAUCAAGCCGCAGGCUGCAGGGAAAUUGUUUUAUGCUUUGACGGCACAGGAUACAAAUUCCAUGGAGAUGAAACAGAUGGCAAUGUCCUCAAGAUCUACCGAAUGCUUGAUCGCGAUAAUAAAAACCACUUCCAUUAUUACCAACCUGGAAUUGGGAUGAAUACCAGCUUUAUGUUUGUCGCCCAGGACGACCACGCUCAUCCCGUCCAGAGAUGGUAUACUAAAGCAAAAGACGCUGCCUUUGGCUCGACUUUUGAAGAACAUGUCAUGGCUGGCUAUAGAUAUCUCAUGGGAAUUUACAGUCCUGGGGAUAGAAUUUAUUUCUUUGGCUUUAGUCGCGGAGCAUUUGUUGCGCGCUUACUUGCUGAGAUGCUGGAUCACAUUGGUCUAUUAGAGACAGGGAAUGAAGGGAAGGUCCGUUUUAUCUGGUUUGUCUUUUCCAGAUGGGCACAAUGCAGUUACAGCAGGGAUACCAACCAGAAAGAAAAAGACGAUGCUUACCAGUACAUGAAAGCAUUGCGGGAGACUUUCUGUCGCCCGGUAUCGCAGAUCCAAUUUCUAGGUUUAUUUGACACCGUCAACAGCAUACCGCACUUCGAGAUGAAUCGCAACAAAUUUGCAUUUCCUUAUUCUACAAAAACUUCUGCCAAGGUUAUUCGACAUGCAGUUAGUAUCGAUGAGCAUCGUGCUAAAUUUCGACAAGAAACGAUGGCAGAUCCCAACCCGAUUUGUACGCCAGCUCGAACCAAAUCGCAUGACCACGAGGCCCGGAAUUUACACUCCAGCAGUCGUCAAGAUAGCUUUCUUGACCAGGGCCCUAGAACUAAGGGUCAUAGGCCCCCUUUGAACGAGGUUCCUAGGCAGGGCGUCUACCAGCAAGAUAUGUUCUAUCGACCUGCACCUCGUUCACAUCAGCAAGCUAUAAACAAUAGUGAUCAGCAAAUGCCUCCAGAGCCCCAGACUUCCAUGGAACAUAUGACUGCGGAUUCAACCAUUCCAGCAAGUAACUCCGAGGCAGUUGCUGAACAAGUACCCAUAUCGCCAGAAACUUUGUUCGAUACUAAUUGUCGUGGGCGGUGGAGAGAUACCACCCAGGACAUCGAAGAAGUCUGGUUUCCUGGAUGUCACGCUGACAUCGGCGGUGGAUUGAAGUUGGGUGAAGACGAAGACUGGGCGCUAAGCCAUGUACCAUUAGUAUGGAUGGUACAUGAAGCGCAAUGCGCAGGGCUCCAUUUUGAUUCUGACAAGCUGAAGCAAUUCCACUGCUUUGAUGAUUCAAAUGAUGGUGUCAGUCAGAAAUAUCCAGUGCAUAGAAAAGCCAACCAAGAAAGGACAGAAAAUGGUGAAAAAACAGGCGAAAGAUCUGAAUUUGAAUACGCGCUUUGGAGAGCAAGCACGAAUGGUCGAAUACAUGAUUGUUUGCAAUAUCGUCAUGGUGCGACGUGGCCUGUUGUUCUUUCGUGGAAGAUGGUAGAGUACCUUCCGGUACGAAGGAUGCUUUUACAAAAAGAUCAAUCCUGGAGACCUAUUCGAUGGCCUCUGCCUCUCGGGGAAAGACGCGAUAUCCCUGGGGAUGCUACGAUACAUGUUUCUGCCAUUCGCCGCUUGGAGAUCAAUUCAACGUAUCGACCAAAAAAUCUGAUUCGCGGUGGAAAAGGAAAAGAGAAAAUUGGUGCAAGCCAUGAGGCCGGGGACUGGAAGGUGCACGCUCAUCAUGGUUGCCCAGUGCGAGAAACAUACCGACGUGCGUGA